GGCCCCGGCGAGCCGGGAGAACAGACGUCAAACUGCCUUAUGAAUAUUGAUGCGGAGGCGAGGCUGCUUUCGUAGAGGAACAGAAGGAAGCAAGAUGGCUGCCCUGUAGGAUUUGUUAGAAAGGAGACCCGGCUGCGACGGUGGCGGACUGCGAGGCUAAGGGACCAGAACCAGGCUGGUAAACACUCAGCAGCUCACCCUCCCAAGACUCUCCAUGUCCCUUGUUCCUGUUCCGCUGCGGUGCUUGGAAGCAGGAGAUGGGCUCACACACAGUCAACCGGACAUGAUCCAGGAGGAGCAGUGAGGGGCAGUGCUGCUGGAUUAAUUCAAAGGGCAGCCUUGUGGAUGGCCCCGAAGCAAGCCUGAUGGAACAGGACAGAACCACCCAUCCUGAGGGUAACAGACUGAGUCCAUUCCUGAUACCAUCACCUUCUCCCGGAUGCCAGACAGAACCUCAACUCCAGAUUGGAAGCCUGUUAGCAGAGAGACAUCAUCCAGAAGAAGUAAAUGCAGACAUCAAGUGGCAGUCUUCUGAAAGCUAUUACGGAAUACCCCCCAUGAAAGGCAACCAGAGCAGUUGUGAGAGUCCAGACACCAUAAAUGAAGGCAGAGGGUAUUCCAGGUGCUUGCAAAAUCAAGGGAUAAAACGCACUGUCAGUGAACCAUCUCUCUCUGGGCUCCAUCUGGACAAGAAAUUGAAACUAGACCAAAAAGCUAAGGGAGAAGGUAAUAACUUCGGGGAAAGCAAAGAGAGAAACCCAGGUGAAAGCAGCCAUCAGCCAAAUGUCUCCAGUCUGAGCGAGAACAGAGAAGCUGUGCCCUCUGUAGCCCAGGAAAGUGCAGAUACAGCCAUCGAUAGUGCCCCGACUUGUAACUGCAAUGGAGUUGAAAACACAGAGUUGUGGAUUCUCAAGAAUCAGGAAGGGGAAAAUGGCAGGAACAUUUUACUUAAAAACAAGGCUGUGCUAAUGCCUAAUGGUGCUACAGUUUCUGCCCCUUCUGUGGAAAACACACACGGUGAACUCCUGGAAGAAACAGCAUCUCAGUGUUGUCCAGAUUGUGUUUCCAUUACAGUGCAGAAUACCACAUCUCAUGUAAAUGCCCUGACCAGUCGGGCUACUAAUGAGUUGUCUAGUGAGAUCACUCAACCAUCGCAUACCUCAGAGCAGAUCAAUUCCCCACAGACCUCAAGCUCCCAGCUGCCUCUGGAGCCAGCUGCCAUGGUGACUGAGGCCUGUGAUGCUGAUACUACCAGCAAACCAGCUGGAGUGCUAGGUACCUGUCCCUUCCAGAAACCAGAACACCAACAAAAAUCAGUUUUGGAGAUAGGUCCAUCUCCUGCGGAAAGCAAAAACAUCCAAGGAAACAUGAAGCUAUUUGCUGAAGAAUUCUGUUCCAGUUCCAACAGUGGUUUGCAAGCUUCUCAUGGCAGCUCUGAACAGUAUUUAAAGCAAAAGGAAAUCAAUGGUGCUUACUUCAGGCAAAGCUCAGUGUUCACUAAAGAUUCCACUUCUGCCACUACCAUGACUCCACCAUUACGAUUGCUUCUUUCUCCGCCUCCCGUCGUUCUUCAGCUUCCUUCAGAAGGAAAAGGCACUCUGAAUGACGGGACUUUGGAAGAAGAACACCACCACCCCUUAAGUAAUGCACCUCUCUUAAGGGAAGGGAAAAUAGAACAUCAACCUAAGGCGUCAUCAUCUUGCCAGAGUCCGAAUCCCUCUGUGCAUACAUCCAACCCCUCAUUGAUGCUUCCAGAAGGGCAUCAGAAUAAUGGUGUCUCAGUGCGCUCUGAACAGACAAGAACAAUGUCAGAACAUCUCAAGUAUUACCCACCAAAUCAUGGCCACAGUGGAGACUUACAAGAGCACAACCUGCAUCCGAUGGGACACAGGGAACGAGAGAUUCUGAAGGAUGAAAACAGGGAACAAACCCAAGAUUCAGUGCUGGCAGCCCAGCGCUAUCUGAAACCUGGAUGGAUUGAACUGAAGACCUCUCGUUUUCUUGAAGUGCACCACAAAAAUAUAAGUCAACCACAAAAAUAUAAGGAUGCAAUGUUUCAAUCAGUCCUUCGUUAUCAGGCCAGCCCUUCCAAUCAGAUGUCCUCUAAACAGUGCACUAGAAAUUUAAACAUGCCAGGAGGAUUUGCAAAUCAACCUUACAUCCAGAAAACUGCUCAGCCAGAGCAGAAGUCACAAAUGUACCAAGUGGAGAUGAAUCAAGGACAUUCUCCUGGUAUGGGGGACCAACAUCUACAGUUCCAGCCAGCUUCAUACCAGGAGUGCAUCUCCAAGGCAGACCCCUCUCCUGGCGCUCACGUGCUGGCCCCAAGUGCUCCUCUCUUUCAUUUCCAGCAAAGAGCAAAUCCCUCCAGUGAUGAGCACUUGAAUCAACAGGCCACAGAGACCGAACCAUUUUCAAACUUUUUACAGCCUAAGCCUCAUAAGCAGGCAGCACAAACACAAGCAUCCCAGAACUCAAAUCUCCCUCAAAGCUGCCAGCAGCAGCAGCAAUUACAGAGGAAGACUGAAGAACAGAUGCCUCAGACUUUCUCUCACCUCCAAGGUAGCAGUGAUAAGCACAGAGAAACAUCAUGCACCAGCCAGAUUAAAGUGGAAGAAUGCUAUAGUACUGAAAACCAGUAUUCAAAAUCAAGUAAUUUCCAGACUCAUAACAACACCCAAGGGGGGGUGGAGCAAGUACAGAAUAUGAGUAGUAAAAGUUCUCCUUAUGUGAAGACCUUAAAAUCAAAUAUAAGCAAGUUACAGACUCCCUGUUCAAACGAUACACACCCAGUUCCUGAACAUCCUGGACUCUUUGCAGGAAAUAAGACCCCAAACCUGCAAAACAUGCAAUACUUUCCAAAUGAUGUGACCCCAAAUCAGGACAUUCAUCACAGGUGCUUUCCAGAACAAGAACAGAAGCCUCCACAAACCCUGGCUCUGCAGGGAUUUCAAGGCAAAAGCCAAGAGACAGAGAGAGCAAAGCUAGCUGAACUUGCUCAGCAGAGGUACUUGGUGCAUUAUCAAGCAAAGGCACUCCCUGUGCCCAAGCAAGGAGGGAGUCAGAUGCAGAUCCCUCCUCAGAGGGACAUUCAGAAGCAUGCUGCCCUAAGAUUUCUCCUCUUACAGAAGCAAGAACAGCAACAAACGCAGCAAUCCCAGGCUGACUCUUGUCCCCCUAAUCAGAUGCACAGGCCAAUCAAGACUGAGCCUGGAUCCAAACCCUCUUCCUGUAAACGCCCCGUGUCCGCACCCGAAGAAAAAAUACCCAAUAGGAUAAAGCUAGAGACUUCCCCACCACGCUGUGAUCAUGGGGUGCCCAAGAGCAUCCUUGAGACGAUGGAGCAGCAUCUGAAGCAGUUUCAGCUCCACUCAUUGUUUGACAAUGCGUCCCUGACUCUGACUCUCAAACCACAAAAACAAAUCAAAGGAGAGACACCAUCCACCAUCACAGUUUGUCGGACCAAAACCGAAGCUGCAGAAUCUGAGACCCAUACCCCAGCUACAGAUGAGACGCCAACCAAAAGAACCGUUGGUAACACUCUCAACAAUCUUUCAGAAGUACCUAUCAAGACUCAAUAUGAUUUCCCAUCAUGCAGAUGUGUAGAACAAAUUAUUGAAAAAGAUGAAGGUCCUUUUUAUACCCAUGUAGCAGCUGGUCCUAAUGUGGCAGCUAUUAGAACAAUCAUGGAAGAAAGGUUUGGAGAGAAGGGUAAAGCUAUUAGGAUUGAAAAAGUCAUCUAUACUGGUAAAGAAGGCAAAAGUUCUCAGGGAUGUCCUAUUGCUAAAUGGGUGCUUCGAAGAAUGACCGUGGAGGAGAAGCUGAUGUGCUUGGUUCGAGAGCGAGCUGGCCACACCUGUGAGGCUGCUGUGAUUGUGAUUCUCAUCGCGAUAUGGGAUGGAAUCCCAAGGAGUCUGGCUGACCAACUCUACACAGAUUGUUCAGAGAUCCUGAGUAAACACGGUGCACCCACUAGUCGGCGCUGUGCCCUGAAUGAAGAGAGAAACUGUGCUUGUCAGGGCUUGGAUCCAGAAACCUGUGGUGCCUCCUUUUCUUUUGGUUGUUCUUGGAGCAUGUACUAUAAUGGAUGUAAGUAUGCCAGAAGCAAGAACCCAAGGAAAUUUAAGCUACUUGGAGAUUAUCCAAAAGAGGAAGAGAAACUAGAAUCACAUUUUCAAAACCUGGCUACUUUACUUGCUCCAAUAUACAAAAGAAUGGCACCUGAUGCAUACAAUAAUCAGGUUGAAUUUGAACACAGAGCUCCCGAGUGCCGUUUGGGUCUGAAGGAAGGCCGACCAUUCUCAGGGGUCACUGCAUGUGUGGACUUCUCUGCUCACUCCCACAGAGACCUGCACAACAUGGCGAAUGGCUGUACAGUGGUGUGCACCCUCACUAGGGAAGACAAUCGGGAAAUUGGAGUGAAGCCGGAGGAUGAGCAGCUCCAUGUCUUGCCCAUGUACAUACUUGCUCCUGUGGAUGAGUUUGGGAGUGCUGAAGGUCAGGAGGAGAAGAUACGAAAUGGGUCCAUUGAGGUUUUGACCUCUUUUCGGAAGAAGAAGAUAAAGUUAGCAGUGCGGGCCAAGAGUGACCGACAAAGAAAACUGGAGGCCAGGAAAGCUGCAGCUGAAAAACUUGCUUCCCUGGAGAACUGCUCAAAAGGGAAUGAAAAGGACAAGUCUUCCUCACGUACAAAGCAGAUGGAAACUGCAAGUCAUAUGAAGCAGCUGCCAGAACAACUGCGGCUUUCAGGAUCAGUCAUUCAGCAGCCCCAGCCACUCCAGAGGUACCUUCAGCAAGUGCCACAGUCACACCAGCCACAGCCACCACAGACACAGCCACCACAGACACAGCCACAGCAUAACUUGCCCAGUAACACUCAGUCUGAGUCCAUUGGCUCUUACUCCACCAACCCGUACAUGAGACGGCCCAAUCCACUUAGUCCUUAUCCAAACUCUUCACACACUUCAGAUAUUUAUGGAGAUGCCAACCAUGUGAACCUUUAUCCCACCUCAUCUCAAGCUGCAAGUUCAUAUUUGAGUCCUUCUGACCCCAUGAACCCCUACCCUGGGCAUUUCAAUCAGAAUAACCAAUAUGCAGCAUAUCAGUGCAAUGGGAAUGUGUCCAUGGACAACUGCUCUCCUUUCUUAGGUUCUUACUCCCAGUCUCAGCCUGGGGAUCUGUGUAGAUAUCCAGGCCAGGACCAUCUCACCAAGCUGAACCUCCCACCAAUCCACACAUUUUACCAACAGAGGUAUUUAAGUUAUGGAAACCAAAACAUGCAGGGAGAUGCCUUUACCAACUGUCCCAUAAAUCCAAAUGUACACUACCUGGCAACUAUUUCUGCUUAUCCCACCCCUGAGAUGGAUGGCCAUUUCACGGGAGCUGCCUCCAGAUUACCACACAGCAUGAGCAAUCCAAACACUGACGUCAGAAACAGUGAGCAUCAUCCACCUUCUCACACGACCCACAGCUACACCACAGCAGCCGCGGGCAGGACGAACAGCUCCAACGACGCCUUCCACAAGGAGGACGCCAUGCUCUCGCACACAGUGAAUGGGCUAUCAAGGGUGCUUCCAGGGUUUAAUCACGGUAGUCCUGCUUCUGCCCAAGGUCUAUUACCCAAUCUGCCUGAGAGCAGUCAGGAGAAGCAGCCUGGGGCAGCAAGCCAGGACAUGGCUUCUUCUGUGGAGGAGGCUGCUUCUGUGGAGGUUUGGUCAGACAGUGAGCACUGCUUUCUGGAUCCUGACAUUGGAGGUGUGGCUGUGGCUCUAACUCAUGGAUCAAUUCUCAUUGAGUGUGCAAAGCGAGAGUAUCAUGCCACCACCAAAGUCAAUAAUCCUAAAAGAGGUAACGCCGCAAGGAUCUCACUUGUAUUUUAUCAGCAUAAGAGCCUGAAUGACCCAAAACAUGGUUUGGCUCGCUGGGAAGCCAAAGUGGCAGAAAAGAACCGAGGGAAAGAGGAAGAGUGUGGACCAGACCACGUGUCUCAGAAAAGCCAUGGCAAAAGGGUGAAACGUGAGCCCACAGAGUUGCAGGAACCUUCUGAGCCCAGUUACCUGCGCUUCAUCCAGUCCCUUGCUGAGAACACAGGGUCCCUGACCACAAACUCCACAGUGACUACAUCUCCAUAUGCCUGCACUCGGGUCACGGGGCCUUACAACACAUUUAAAUGAUGCUGCCCCUUGUGCCAGACCAAGAACAACCUCUCUUUCAUGGCAUGGGCCGUAGGGGCAGGUCACAGCAUCCAUGACAAAUGCAGUGUGUGUGUGUGUAUGUGUGCAUUGGGGGCAUGUCAGCUCACCAGCAAAAUAGGGAUUAAUUUUACCAUUGCACUUAAUCUCCACUGACUUCCCAAGUGGUCACUGGAGGCAUUCAGGAAGAAGACCAAAGCAUCCUAUGCAAAGGGAAGGUGAGAAGAAAGUGCUCUACAAUUCCUAUUUUCAAAACCACUGGUUCUCUUAUUGGCUAUGGUCUUUUGUGUGUGAGAUGCUCCCCGACCACUCGACACAUGUGACCACUUCUGAAACCGAGUUUGCAUAGUCAUGGGACACAGUACUGUAGUAGGACAGUUGCAGGAAUCAUCUGGUGCUGAUCUAUGAUGUACCGAAUACUGGAAUUGUGGCUUUUUAGCAUGCAGUUUUUACUGUAAUAUCUUAAUAUUAACUUAUUUAUCCAAGUAGCUACAGGAAGAUUACGUGAAUAAUGGAAAAACACUGAAUUCGUUUGGGUGUUACAUGAAAUGGUGCUACAAAAAUGGUGUCUUUAAUAGCUGAAGAAUUGAUGCCUUUUUAUCACGCUACCAGUACAGUCUUGGUGCCCUUGAAGAACUGGGGUACCUUCCAUUUACAUUUCUGUCUUAUUCUUAUACAGCUUACUUUUUAAAAUGUGGACAUUUUAAAGGCCUGGAUUGUGCUCAUCCAGUGAUGUCUUUGUAGGACUAUAAACAUAAUGUAUACAUAUACACAUUUUUAUAUGUGCAAAUAUGUGUAUAUUGAAAUAUUUUAAGUGGUGUUUUAGAAGCACUUUGCCUACCUAAGCUUUGGCAACUUGAACAAUGCUAAGGUACUGAGAUGUUUUUUUUAAAAAGUUUACUUUCAUUUAGGAUUAAAAGAUUAUUUUUUUUAAAGGAAAGCUUUUAAAACAUUUGCUUUUAGCCAUGUAUCUGCUGAUGAGCAGUAUUCUUUGUUGACACGCCUGUAAAAUCCAAACCGAAGCUGAACAGAUGUGUUAGUCCACAAAACACAUGCUUUCUGGUGCUCAUCUUACAUGCUAUACUAAUGGUAUGACAAGUUCAUUGCUUCUGUGUGUCCAGUUUCAGAUUCUCUGCUAAUGCAGGCAAUAACUAGCUGAACGCUACAGAGCCAGCCAAGCUUGUCCACUUAAGCUGUCUGGUGGGCCUGUAUAUUCUUCAGGACAGCAGCAGGCUGCCUCUGUGUGACUCAUGCAUUGCAAUGUCAUUUCUUUGCUCAAGUGUUCUAGUUACCAGGAAGCUGGAGUGGACUGAUGCCUGCGUCAGAUGAGUAGACAGGGUUGAGUCCAUAUGAAUCUGUUGGUUGCAUAACAAAAUCCCUAAACAAAAUAGGCAGCUGGUUUGCUGUGGUGAUUUCAAAUCAUAAUUUGUAUAAAAAGAUAAAAGUUGUAUAGUAAAUUAAAUUGUAAAACAAAACUUUUUUAAUGAAAUGCUUUAGUAUUUUAGUACUGUAAAAAAUUAAAUAUAUACAUAUGUAUAUAUAGUAUAUAUAUAUAUAUAUGAGAUUGAAACAAAAUUCACAUCACGAUGGUGCUACUCAGACUGCUACACAGAUGCUAAUGUGAGCUAAGAAUUGAUUAUAAGUUUGAGUGAUGUUCCUACUUGUCAUAUACCUCAACACUAGUUUGGCAAUGGGAUAUAUUGAACUAAGUGAAAGCUUAUAGCAUUGUAUACCACCAUUUUUAAAAAAGUCUUUUUAUUAUUAAAACAUACCGUUUUUUAAUACUUGAUUUCUUAGCAAGUAUAACUUGAAUUUCAAACUUUUUGUUCUAAAAAUUCAGGGAUAUUUCAGCUCGUUCUCCUUAUGCCAACAUGUCAUCUGUGUUUAUGUAAAGUUGUCAGUUAAUAUAUUUUUCAGGGAUUUAAUUCUUAUUUCAAAUCCCUCCUAUUUUGUUUGUACAUGGACUGAUAGCUGCAACUAAUUUUGUAAACUUGUUGACUUUUGAUUAUAAAGAAAAGCAUUUUUAAAGUUUGGAGAGUUUCAGUGAUUUUAAAAAGUAAACAAUUUAAAAUAGAAUACACUGACCUGAUAAAGGGAAACUUGUGAAAGAAAAGGUCAUCAUGUGGCUGUUGGCCAAGUCCUCAAAGGUUUUUUGAUCUAGUAAUGACUACAGGUUCCUGUCCAUGAGUGUCUUUAAACAGUGCUAGAACCUGCUGGUGUGCUGUGCAAUAGGACUCUUGUUACAUUGUGGCCUAAAUAUGGUGUUGCUUACUAGCUUUUCAAUUAGCUUUAUGAUCAGUGGAGACCUUUGUAAUUAAUUGGUCACAUUUUGUCAUUAAAACUUUCCAAAUGUCUCCUUGGUGCACACACACACACACUAAACGUAAGUUUAAUGGUUUUCACACCAUGAUGUUGAGUCCACAACAUCGGGUUCCUGCAGGUGCAUUUGGCAAUGUUGAGCCAUCCAUUCAUGAGGAAUGCUUGCUUUUGUAUGUCACCCACUGUCAUUUGUCAAACUGCUGGCCAACAGGAACAGGGAGUGCGGUUUAGAGAGGGUGGGUCGUGUAGGAAGAGAGGCAAUUAAAUGACAUGCAACCUCUCAAUUAGAUCAAUGGAAAGCAGCCCAGUGAUUGGCUUCUAUAGGAGUAGGUUGACUACAGAGCCAUACUUGAAAGUGUUUCUGCAUGGUGUCAACAUUGCUUGAAUGAAAUUUUCAUCUUGAUUGACGAACAGUGAGGGAGAGUUCACUUUACAAAGGUAGUUGUUAACUUAGGAAAAGGUUUUGCAGUUUGACACUAAGAUAUUGAACUUCUGUGUGCAUUUUUCUAUGGAUUAUUUUUUUAACUUAGUUUCAUUCAUGAGAUACUGGGUUUGUUUAUAAAAUCUGAGGGUGGUUAUAAAUACUGUAAGUAUUGUAAUGUUAUGCAGGCUAUUUGAAAGCUGUUUAUUAUUAUAUCAUUCCUGAUAAUGCUAUGUGAGUGUUUUUAAUAAAAUUUAUAUUUAUUUAAUGCA